AGCACAUAAGCUACAUAAGCAACAUUAUACCUGCUGAUUCAUUUAACAGCUUCUGAAACUUGAAGCCAAUAUCUGUAACUACGAGCAACUUUUAACUCAUCUUUUGAGCUUUCGUUAAUUUUGAUUGUGCUAAGUAAAUUAAGUACGGCGCGGCAGUCUCCUUCCUCACCUUUGGUUUUCUGAUGCCUUUAGGCAAGCACUUGACUGCGGGAAUAGUUUUGGAGUUAUUCGUCAUUCCUUAGAUAGGUAUCUAGAUAUUGAAAGACAGAAAUAUAUAAAAAGACCCGAAUCUCCUAAAAUCUCAUCAGAACUUAACUUGAAGUUGAAGUGAUUUAAAUACAUAAUAAUUUCAAAAUUAGAAUUGAAUUUUAAAAAGUAGCAAGGAUGCAUUAUUUAGUAGCUUUGGCAUUUUUGGCCGUAUUUGGCCUAGCAGCUGUGGUAGCUGCUCCAGCUGAAUUACCUUCAGUUGCAGUGGCAUCAGUGGGAGCUGAUGAGAAUCCUGAGAACCUGUCAAAAUUGGAAGCCUUAAUUGAAGUCGAUUCUGAAACUGGACAUGAAAAUGAAUCAGCUAGAUUGGCUAGACAUGGAGGCGGAUAUGGCGGACGUGGAGGUUAUGGCGGAGGUUAUGGUGGAGGCUAUGGUGGUGGUUAUGGCGGAGGUUAUGGUGGCGGUUAUGGCGGCGGCUAUGGUGGAGGUUAUGGCGGUGGACAUGGUGGUGGUUAUGGCGGAGGGUAUGGAGGAGGAUAUGGCGGAGGAUAUGGUGGUCAUGGAGGUUAUGGUGGUGGCUAUGGCGGUCGCGGAGGAUACGGUGGAUAUGGAGGACAUUUUGGAUAAAUUAUUGUUGCAAAAUAAUUUUUUGAAAUGUGAUUCAGUGAUUUUAUAUGAAAAAUAAAAAUGUCUCCGAUUAAAAA